UCGGUUUCUAUGCCUAGAAAUUUCUAUGUUACAAAAAAUCUACUUUCAAUUUCAUGUUUCUGGAAGUUCCUAUUCUGCAUUGCAUUGUUAGACUGUUCUCCUCCCUCUGUUGGCUAGAUUCCUGUGAGGGCAGGGCAGCAGCUAGGGAUAAGUCUCAGAGCUCUUCAUACACGGCUCAGUCUCUUCUGUGGUAGUCACACUGCGCAGCACUCUUGGACUUCCAAGCAGCAAAGACGGAUCUGAACACGUCUGUGUGCACCUGCUGUGCCUGCUGCAGAGGGAAGCUCUUCGCUGGACUCCACUCUUCCACCGGAAAUCUCUUUACCUCAAAGGAACUGGUGACUGCCAGGGAGGCCCCAGUGAAGUGUCCUGUGUGCCCACAGCCAUGGGUCAGUCUUCUUCUAAACCUGAUACAAAGGCUCAGGGUAUGGCCUCUAGCUUUAAUGAAUUCUUCAAGAAUUUCAAGAUGGAAAGUAAAAUCAUUUCUGAGGAGACCAUCAAAUCAAUUCAGUCGCAUAUGCAAGGAGGAGACAUACAGAAGGCAAUUUCUAUAAUCACCUCUGCCUUGACAGACAUUGAGAAAGCCCCCUUGAACAUCGCUGUGACAGGGGAGACAGGGGCAGGAAAGUCCACUUUGAUUAAUGCCCUGCGGGGCAUAGGACAUGAAGAGACUGAAGCAGCUAAGAUUGGAGCAGUGGAGACAACCAUGGUUAGGCAGAAAUACGCCCACCCUAAGUUCCCUAACGUCACCAUCUGGGAUCUCCCUGGGGUUGGGACAGAUAACUUCAAACCAGAAGAAUAUCUGAAGGAAGUGAAGUUUCAGGAGUAUGACUUUUUUCUUAUCAUCUCAGCUACUCGAUUUAGAGAGAACGAUGCCCAGCUGGCCAAAGCAAUCAGAAAAAUGAAAAAGAAAUUCUAUUUUGUGCGGACAAAAAUUGACAGUGAUUUGUGGAAUGAGAAGAGAAGUAAACCCAAGUCCUUCAAUAGGGAAGAACUCCUGAAGACGAUCCAAAACAACUGUGUGAAGCAGCUGCAGAAAGCCGAGGUACCCUCCACUCAUGUCUUCUUAAUCUCCAGCAUUGAGGUAGCACAGUUUGAUUUUCCUAAACUGGAGUCCACCCUUUUGGAAGAGCUUCCAGCACAGAAGCGUCACAUCUUCAUGCAGUGCCUUCCUAACAUUACUGAGACUGCUAUUGAUCGCAGGAGAGAUGCCCUGAGACAGACGAUCUGGCUGGAGGCUCUGAAGUUUGGGGCAUCGGCCACCAUCCCCAUGAUGUCGUUCUUCAGUGACGACAUCGAGGAGCUUGAGAAGAUCCUGACCCACUACAGGGCUUGCUUUGGACUGGAUGAGGAGUCACUGGAAAACAUGGCCAGGGAAUGGUCCACGUCUGUGAAGGAGCUGGAGUCCACCAUUAAGUCACCCCAUUUGCUGUCAAGUGAGAUGGAUGAAUCCGUGGCGGACAAGCUGGUGAAAAUCAUAGAGAAAAUUUUUGCUGUCACCGGUGGAUUCGUAGCCACUGGUCUUUACUUUAGAAAGAGUUACUAUAUGCAAAAUUAUUUUCUUGACACAGUGGCCGAGGAUGCUAAAGUUCUACUUAAGAAGAGAGUCUUUCCGCAGGACAGUGUGGACUCUGAGUAAGGCUCUAAAGAUGGAGAGAAUGAGGCAGCUGACCUGGGACUCAGGUGACUUUAGUGUUUUCAGGGUGCUGGAGAGACGGCUGAGGGUGUUCCUGAAGCACCCUGGCCAGGCUGUGAUAUCCCUUAGACUUUGUGACCCUUGGGAAAAUAGAGGGAUCAGAAUUAUGCCACAUGGUGGUUAUGUCAUUCCCAGCACCAGUCUUAUACAAUGUGCAAGUACAAACUUUCUGGGCACAGAGUUUUCAGAAAUAAUUUUCUUUGUGUUUAGACAGGAUCUUACUAUGGAUCUCCUAGAUCUCUUUCUCUACAGAAGUAGACCAGGCUGUCCUUGAACUCACACAGAAAUCCUCCUGCCUCAGCCUGUUGAGUACUGUGAUUAAAGGUAUGCACUACCACACCUGGAAGAAAUGACUUAAAAAAAUACAUAUAUCCACCACAUGACUUGGCUUUGUGCUGCUCUGCUGAGAGCAGGCUGACUGACAUCAUGGUUGGUUUUUACGGUUGUCAUAUAUACGGUUCAUAUAACAGAGUGUAACAGAAAACAAUGGGGAAGCAUCACCUGAGUCACAGUGUCUGCUGCAUUUCUGCAGAGGUGCAAUUACACAAGACAGGGAUGUAGUCUGAGGUUUGCACACUGGAGAGUCCUCACGUGUUAACAGAUAACACUUCGUACAUGAAUCGUGAGGAUAGAAAAUUAGAGGAAAGACACUAGUGAUCAAAGAGGAAAUCCCCCCAAAAUACACAAGUUCCUUAAUCAUGUGUGAAGAUACUCAGUCUCCCAUCCAAAAGCCGAAAUGUAAAUUAGCAGCCAUCCCAGGAAGUUGAAUUUGCAAGUGAGAUUGUAGAUAAGCAAUUUCUGCAGUGUUGACACAAAAAUUAUGACACAGCCCGUAAUGUGGGUAGUGGUGUGACCUCUGAGGAAAUUACACAUGCAGUUACUCUUUGACACUCUUUAAACAUUGCCUAACAGUGCAAACAGGUAUAUUAUGUUUUUGGUUACUAGCUGUGGGACUUUAAGAUUAAUUGUGUCUAGGGACUGGAGAGAUGGCUCAGAGGUUUAAGAGCACAUACUAUCCUCAUAUAGGACAAGAGUUUGGUUCUCCACACCUAUGCCAGACAACUCACAAUUCCCUAGAACUCUAGCCCGACAGGAAUCUGAUGCCCUCUUCUGGCCACCAAGGGCACCUGCACUCACAGUACAUACUCCCACACAGACACACAGAUACAUAAUUAAACAUGAAAACAAAUCCUUCAGAAACAUGGACAAGCCUAUAAACAAUUCAAAUGUUUGUUGAUAGGGGGUGGGGCACCCAGGCUAUUGCCUGACAACCAAACAGAUGGUGGAGAUAGCACCUAUGUCUCUGUAGUCUCCUUCCUAGAUGCAAAUCACUAGACGUAGACACAGUGUGCCCAGUGAGUCACUGCUGAUCUAUGUAAAAUCAAGAUUAAAGUAAAAUUUCCUACUUUUUACCUAAA